UGUAUAAAAAACAACCUCUCAACAAAGGCCACCUCUGUAUAAAGGCCAAAACAUUGUUCCCCAAAGGGGUCCGUUAUAGAGGGGUUCCACUGUAUAGCUAUUAUACACACGGGCGGUUUACACAAUGACAAUAAAUGUGUUGGCGUAUUCCACACAGCUCAAGCAUAUAAUACAUUCCCCAUGCACAGAUCAAUCUAAGUUCCCACAUUUCUCGUCACCCAUCGAUAACUUUAUAUCUCGUCAGUCUAAGCCUAACUCAGAUCCUGUUCAAUGCUACCUCACCCGCCGACGAUUAUCCUCCAUCUCAAACGAACUGAAGCAAUCAUUUGAGCGUCGCUAUUCAAGUCCUAGGAACUCAAUUGAAAUGGACUUAGCUACCUCACAAGCUGACUUGUCUUUGGCUGAGAAUAAACAGAAAUCCAGCUUUUCAAAUGCCUCGACAAUAAUAGACCAAAAAACGCAGUCUGCUACCUUGGUGUCGAGUGUGCUGAAUGAAAAUGACAUCAAAGUUGACCGUCUAGUUCAAAUUCGCAGUUCUGAAAAGGACUACCCUGGAGAAUAUAGUGAAAUUGAGAGUUUGGACCAAAUCAGUGAUGUCAGUGGUUCACUUCACAAAGAUGGUGAACUACGAAACUCUAGAGGGUUCUUUAAAACAUCUCUGAUUUCAGUGGAGGAAGUAGCUGAGCCUACCGAAUUCCCAGUCUCUGACGUCAUACUGCUAGAAAGUCACAAGGCAAAGAAGCCUGGUCCAGGUUCAAGGGCCAGCAAAGAAAUGCCUGAUUGGGUGAAUAAGUUGGCCGAAAAGUACGAUAUGACUGUUCACAGUGAUAGAUCUAGUCCUCCCAUCUAAUGAUCUAAAGUAGCUAGGCUAAUACACAAUCAUGUAUAUCAAUCAUCAAGAUAUUAUCGAAAAUAAAUGGAAAAGGGUCACACAAUACAUUAGCAUCUUAGCUCUAUAAGCAUCUCUGUU